AUCUGUAAAAUGAGCUGGAGAAGAAACUGGCAAACCACUCCAGUAUCUUUGUCAACAAACCCCCAAAUGGGUCUGUCGAGGAGAGUUGGACAAAGACAACAACAAAGUCCCAGAUAUAGGUAAGACAUGUCCAAAGGCAAGAAGAAAAAAGCCAAAGCUAAGGCCAGCAAUCCAACUGAACCCCAUGCCAAACCCACACCAAAACCCCAACCAGAACCCAGAAAUGCGCCUGAACCCAGAAGUGUGCCUAAACCUGCACCUGAAUCCCAAAAUGUGCCUGAAUCUGCAACCGAACCUGCACCUGAACCCCAAAAUGUGCCUGAAUCUGCAACCGAACCUGGACCUGAACCCCAAAAUGUGCCUGAAUCUGCAACCGAACCUGGACCUGAACCCGGAAGUGUGCCUAAACCUGCACCUGAACCCACAAGCGUGCCUAAACCUGCACCUGAAUCCCAAAAUGUGCCGGAAUCUGCAACCGAACCUGGACCUGAAACUAGGCAUGAGAAAGAAGAUGAAAAACCUAGCACUUCUUCAUCCAACUUCCUUCAGAGAAGUCACAACCCUGUCCAUCCCCAUACUGAAUCCAUGAAAUGCUGCAAAUGUAUCAAGCGUUUUAAAUUCCACAACUGUAGGAUCCCAGAGCACAAAGUGCUCCCACCAGAAGCUGCUUGGAAAAUUCCUGCAAUAGCUUGUCGAGGGUUGAAUUUAAAGGAUUUGGCUUUUGCUGUUGCAAAAUAUGCCCCCAAGUCGUUCGAUUCUGUAGCAGAGCCCUUUACUUCCUGCCAAGCACCAUAUUACUACCUCUCAGCCAAAGUCGAAAAGAAGCCAGAAAUCGAUCCACGUCCACAUUAUUUUACACAAGACCCUCAGCCUUUGUGCAGUCGCUGUUUGAAGGUACACGGACUCCCUGAACGAAGGACUCAGCAGAUGGAGGAAAGCCAACAGCCUACAACCUCGACCACAACUCAAGUGCCGGCCAGAGCUCCAAGUCCGGAACCAUCUCCAGGUGUACAGGAGGACAAGGAGGAGGCUGUGAGAGCCCUUAAGAAGGCCAUAGCAAGCUGCAGAGAAUUUCUGGACUGCCUUGAAGAGCAGCAAGCCUGUGCAGUUCAAAUGGAGGUGAUGCUCAGGGAGGUAGGGGAAGGCGUGCCUCCCAAUGGAGAGGAAACGCGGAAGGCACUGCAGGCUGGCCCAGCGGAAGAACUCGCUCCUGGGUGUAGUUUGAACAAAAAAGAUCCCAGGGUGGCCCAAGUAGCCAAGAGAGUGAAAGCAGCAGCCUCAGCAUUAGAAGCAGCGGUAGAAGCAGCAGCCGCAGUAGCAGUUGAGAUUCUCUUGGAUGAGGAGGCUGACAUCCAGGAGACAGACAUUACCUACCGCACGGUAGGGCAGAGAAUCUUUUGGCUUUCUCUGGAGUACAUGACCCAGGCCUUUUCCCCAGGGACUAAAAUGCUAAUAAUUUCCCAAGCAAAGGAAUCCAAUGCCUUCGGUGCCCUGAAGGAAACUCUGGCAGUAUUUGAAAAGCUGGUGCAAUCGAUCAUAGAAGUGAGGGUUUAUUUAAAGCACUUUUCAAGGAUCCAGAUGGCUGACAAAGAAAAUAAGACAGGGGUGUCCCCCAAGCCAGAGCAAUCGGACGAGCACAUGUUUGACCACGGUCAGAAUGAGAAAGGCCACACGGCGGCAGCCCAGAUGCCCCCUGACCAGGAAGCAAAUCCAAAUGUAGACAGUCAAAUCAAGGAACUGGUUACACUCUUAAUGGAUUUUGCAAAGUGCUUGGAAGAAGAUUCACUUCUGUCUGUACCAGCAGAUGUUUUAGAGAACCCAGAGGCUGACAGCCCAGAGCAGUCCCAGCCACCCAAAGAAACCCAUCUGUAGAAAUUUAGACACUCCAGCUACUGCCGGGGUACUCAACUGUAGCAGAUCCAAUGUCACUACCACCUCAGAGUAUUGUCGUUAAGGAGGGUGGGCAGGUCCAGUACCUAGGGCAGGGGUGAGGCCUAAUCCUUAGCAUGGUACAUUACAAUUACAUUCAACAAUUGUUAAUCUGUUGUCCAAGGGAAGGGAGAGGACUGUGCUCAUCACAGUAUAUACGGGUCAAGGCUGCUGCUGUAGCCUGUUUUUAAUCAUGAUGUGAAUGUCAAAGGUGAACUUUAAUAAAACUCCAAACCUUUAUUUUUAAAU